CUUUGAAAUGCGUGAGGAGGCGUGUUCGCGACAGAGGACUGAGCCGCGCGUGCGCGCCAUCUCUUUUGUUUUGCUACUUUCUGUGCUCCUGCUUCAUCAUGGAGAUGAAGAAGAGGAUCAGCCUCGAGCUCCGAAACCGAAGUCCCACCGAGGUGGGGGAGCUGGUGGUGGACAACUGCCGCUCCAGCGACGGCGAGGUGGAAGGUCUGUCAGAGGAGUUCACGGAGCUGGAGGUCCUCAGCAUGGUGAACGUGGGCCUCAGCUCGCUGUCCAAGAUGCCCCUGCUGCCCAAACUGCAGAAGCUGGAGGUCAGUGAGAACUCCAUCGGUGGGGGGCUGAACACGCUGGUGGAGAAGUGUCCUGGCCUGACCCACCUCAACCUCAGCAGCAACAAGCUGAAGGAGCUGAGCAGCCUGGAGCCGCUGCAGAGCCUGAAGGCCCUGAAGAGUCUGGACCUGUACGGCUGCGACGUGUCCUCUCUGGACGACUACAGGGAGCGCGUCUUCCAGCUGCUGCCACAGCUCACCUACCUGGACGGGUUCGACCAGGAGGACAACGAGGCGUCCGACAACGAUGAGGAGGAGGAGGCAGGUCCUCCCGGAGAUGAUGAUGAGGAGGACGAAGAUGAUGAAGAGCACGGCUCUGAAGAAGAGGAAGUGGGGCUUUCCUACCUGAUGAAGGACGGCAUCCAGGACGAAGACGAUGAUGGAGAUUAUGUUGAGGAGGAAGAGGACGAAGAGGAUGAAGAUGAGGAUGGAGAUGAAGCUGCAGCUCAGGGAGAGAAGAGGAAGAGGGACGCAGAAGACGAGGGGGACGAAGAUGAAGACGAGUAGCUGCCUUGCCCGGCCCCCCUGCACCUGCCACCCCCCAUGACCCCAUUUGGGCGUGGCCUCAAGCUGCAGGCUCUAAGAUCAGGACUGCUGGCAGAUCAUGUCCCGUUUCCGUGGUAACAAGGUGGACCUGCUUGUCUGGAGAGAUCCAGAUGGGACAUGGGUCAGAAUGGACCUCAAGCACCAACUUGAUCCGAAUAUAAGGUUCUCCCGAGUUCUGGUGGCCCCUUUUUUGGGUCAGCAGGUGACGCCGUCCCCCAAAUCCAUUUAGAACUGCCUCCAGAGGAGCUGAACCAUUCAGAUGGGUCAGAACCGACCCAGAGAACACUUGAUGCUCUGCCCCGCUCCAACCCCUGUGAAUAUUUGACCCUGAACACAAACUACUACACUUCCCAUUAGCCUCAGGUGCUGUUACCAUGGAGAUGUUCUGUUCAGAGGCAGAAAAUUCCUGAAUUGGACUUGUGGUUCAGGCCUAAAACUUUUAAAGAACUUGACCAAUAAGCUCUGCCCCUUAACUGUCACACCUGUCUGCCGUUUUGGGUUUGGCGCUAGUCCGGUUCCUGUCACCGGUUUAUUUUUAUAUUCUGUUGUUUUUGAAUAAAACCUGAAGGAAGCCCCU